GCAGCAGGUGUGUUGCACCUUACAGGCUUACACUCCACGGGGAGGCUGUUUGCAUAUAAGAAGCUAGCCAUGCCAUGCCACCCGCGAUAUUAUGCACAGGUUUUCUUUCUUUCUUUUUCUGAAUCGCUUCAAAUUAUUUAGAAAUAGCGGCAGCUCACAUUUACGAUUUAAAAGUCCAAUCUCUCAGUCGACAAAGUACUUCCAUCCAAGAUUGGAAGUUGACAUUUUGGCAUAUGCGCUCACUGGGUUCCAAUGGUUCAUCGAUAAAGAUGUACUGUAAUUUGUAUGGAGAAAAUAACUCCAGUACAAAUCAGAAACGCAAUCCCUUCUAUGACAAGUUACAAUUUGGCAACGUUGCACUUGCACACCAACUCCCAAGUCCCAAGCUCACCUAUAUAUAAAUCCACUCUGUGCAACUAUAGUUAGCGGUAGCACACUCGUCUGCUCACUUCGCAUCCAAAGGUCACCACACCAACCCAGCGUUCGCACCAUGGCCGCGCCCGCAGAAGCUCCCGAGACCGCCGCCGCCGCCGCGGGCCGCCGUUUCGACUACGACGUGAUCGUGGUGGGAGCCGGCAUCAUGGGCAGCUGCGCGGCGCACGAGGCGGCGUCCCGCGGCGCGCGCGCCCUGCUCCUGGAGCGCUUCGACCUCCUUCACCACCUCGGCUCCUCGCACGGCGAGUCCCGCACCAUCCGCGACGCGUACCCGAAGGCGCAGUACCCGCCCAUGGUGCGGCUCGCCCGCCGCCUCUGGGCGGACGCCGAGGCCGAGUCCGGCUACCGCGUCCUCACCCCGGCGCCGCAGCUCUCAAUGGGCCCGCGCGACAGUGCCGCGCUCGCCGCCGCCGUCGGGAACGCCGGCGCCGAGGAGGUGGACCUGGCCCGGAGGUGGGGAGGCGCCUUCCGCGUCCCGGACGGGUGGCUAGCCGCGGCGAGCGAGCACGGCGGCGGUGUGAUCAACGCCACCAAGGCGGUGGCCAUGUUCCAGGCGCUCGCCGUCAAGAAGGGCGCCGUGGUCAGGGACAACGCCGAGGUCGUCGGCAUCGAGAAGGGGCCCGAGGGCGGCGUCGUGGUGAGGACGAGCGCUGGCGAGGAGUUCCGCGGCGCCAAGUGCGUCGUCACGGUGGGCGCCUGGGCGAGCAAGCUGCUCAGGUCCGUCGCCGGCGUGGAGCUCCCCAUCCAGCCGCUGCACACGAUGGUCCUGUACUGGCGCAUCAAGCCCGGGCGCGAGCUCGAGCUCGCGGCGGGGUCCGGCUUUCCGACGUUCUCCAGCUACGGCGACCCGCACGUGUACAGCACGCCGUCGCUGGAGCUGCCGGGACUGAUCAAGAUCAACUACGACGGCGGCCCGCCGUGCGACCCCGACAGCCGCGAUUGGGCCUGCGGAGGCGGCGACGUGGCGGAGCGGGUGGCCCGGUGGAUCGAGGAGUUCAUGCCCGACCACGUCGAGGCCGCCGGCGGGCCGGUGAUCCGGCAGUCGUGCAUGUACUCCAUGACGCCGGACAAAGACUUCGUGAUCGACUUCCUUGGCGGUGAGUUCGGGGAGGAUGUGGUGGUCGGGGCCGGAUUCUCUGGACACGGGUUCAAGAUGGGGCCGUCGGUGGGGAGGAUCCUGGCCGAGAUGGCCAUCGACGGCAAGGCCAGUACGGCCGCAGAGGCCGGCGUGGAGCUCGGUCACUUCAGGAUAAAGCGGUUCGAGGAUAACCCCAUGGGAAACGCCAAGGAUUAACGAACUGGAAUGCUGGCUGGACCAGUGAUACGUUUCUUUGUGAUUAUUCUGGUUGGUCGUAUUUGGGAGGUUAAUUUAAUCAGCGAGCGUUUUUUUUACUGCGGAAUAUAUUAAUAAAGAAGAUUGUAUUAAUAAAGAAUAUGAAGUUAAGAUUGGACGGAAAUAUAAAAAAAAU